AUGCCUCCCAAGGGCUCCCGUAUGUCAACCGGGAGUGCCGGUCCCAAUGUGGGCGUCCCCAGGCAGAGCGAGAGGACCGCCUCGGAGAACAAGGAGAGGGCGUACAUCGCAGCCUCACGGAGAGGUGACCGCAGCCUCGAAGCCCGCGUGCAGUCCGCCUACGCUGCUUCCGAGAUCCACAAGCAACGCACCGGCAAAGCCCUCAAGGUCUCCGAGCAGAUCGUGCUGAAUGAGGAAAUGUACGAGGAAGAGGACGACCUCCCCGCUAGAUACUCCGCCCUGCUCAACAAUAACGACAUUCUGGCCAGUAUGCCACGUUUCCAGGCCUAUGCUAUCGCAACCCUCGGCACGAGAGCUGCAGCAUACGACAGAUUUCCCAACCUGCAGAGGGACCUCCAAAGAGAGGCCGAUGUAAACGCCCAGUUUGCCGAGUUCUUCGGGCCUCGUGGAUUUUCCAGUCGUCCAGCUGGAGGCUUCCAAACCAAUGGCCCUUCCGCCCAACAGGUUCAGACCUCGCCACAGACGACCGCAGCGCCGUUUCCACCCACAACUCCUUCCCACCAGCCUGCAUUCCACUACCCCAGCCCCCAGAACGCACUCGCCAGUCCUGUCGACAGCCAUGUCGGAAGCCCAGCCACUGCCAAUCCUAUAAUCUCCAACAGUGGCUUCCCUUCACCGAGCUUGCAAAUGUCCAUGCACCAAAGAAGCAUGUCAAUGGGUAACUUGGACGCUCUUCAGAUAAGCGCGAAUGGUCAUUCCAGAACAUCGUCCAUCUCACCCGUGAUGGCGCCUCAGGCCGCCCAAAUGGCGGGUCAACGCCGAAGCUUCGGCGAAGCUUUUCCUGAGGCACAGUCGCCCUCGUCGACGCCACCAAUGCCAGCUGCUUUCCGACAGGUUUCAGGCAUGCCGUCCCCUGGAAUGCCAGCUCCUAUGGGGACACCACACAACCAAAACAUUCAGCGCCGCGCAUCACAUUCAUCACCGCUGUCGCCUGGGUCACUUCAGCCGGCGUAUGGGACUGGCUUCACCAGCGAGUUACCAGGCAACCUGCGCGGCAUGUUUCCCCAGGACACUGACUUUGCCGGGUUCUUUUCGGGCGGCCAGUCCCCCGCUGCUACCAGGUCUAAUGCUACCCAAGCUCCUUUCCAACUCCAGCAGCACGGGGAUUUGCGCGAGCUACGUGCGAGGAAACAAUCCCGCGGCCGGAACACUCAACCAACUCCCGGGCCAAAGAAGGAAUCACAGGCAGCGGUGAAGAACGAGAAGGAGCAAACGCCACAUGCGAAGCUGGAGAAGACAGCGGUUAGCAAUGUGGUUAAAAAAGAGACUACGGUAGACGACCAGACAUUUUCCGAGAGUGACCCACUUCAGCUUUACACGCAAAGCCAGCCACUCGGAGCAGUGAAGCUCGAGACAGCAGACCUUCCGGACAAUGCGGCAACACAGGUUCUUCCCGACUGUCUUGAGGAGAGCAACCUAGACGGCAACGAUUUUCAGCAGUUCUACAAUACCGAUGACUUCACUACGGAUUUCUUCAACGCCACCUCUAAUUUCGAUCAAUUUGACUUCGAUUCGUAUCUUCAGAUGCCCGCAUCGCAGUCGGAGGUGGAAAAUUAG